CACGUGACCGUGUCCGUGGGGCCUCGCCGGGAAAAGGGGCGGUGGGGCAAAAUGGCGGCGCACCUGUCCUACGGACGAGUGAACCUGAACGUGCUGCGCGAGGCGGUGCGUCGCGAGCUGCGCGAGUUCCUGGACAAGUGCGCGGGAAGCAAGGCAAUAGUUUGGGACGAGUACCUCACAGGACCAUUUGGCCUGAUUGCACAAUAUUCACUACUGAAGGAACAUGAAGUGGAAAAAAUGUUCACUCUUAAAGGAAGUCGUUUGCCAGCAACUGAUGUCAAGAAUAUUAUUUUUUUUGUCAGACCCAGGCUAGAACUGAUGGAUAUAAUUGCUGAAAAUGUGCUCAGUGAAGACAGACGCGGUCCAACAAGAGAUUUCCACAUUUUGUUUGUGCCGCGACGUAGUUUACUGUGUGAACAGCGGUUGAAGGAUCUGGGUGUUCUGGGAUCCUUUAUUCAUCGGGAUGAGUACAGCCUCGACCUCAUUCCAUUUGAUGGGGAUCUCUUAUCCAUGGAAUCGGAGGGGGCGUUCAAAGAGUGCUACCUGGAGAGUGACCAGACGAGCCUCUACCACGCAGCCAAGGGGCUGAUGACCCUGCAGGCUCUGUACGGGACAAUCCCCCAGAUCUUUGGGAAAGGAGAGUGUGCCAGGCAAGUGGCCAAUAUGAUGAUCAGGAUGAAGAGAGAGUUUACAGGAAGCCAAAAUUCAAUAUUUCCUGUUUUUGAUAAUCUCUUGUUGCUCGAUCGAAAUGUGGAUUUAUUGACGCCUCUCGCCACUCAGCUUACGUAUGAAGGACUCAUUGAUGAAAUUUAUGGCAUUCAGAACAGUUAUGUGAAAUUACCUCCGGAGAAAUUUGCCCCGAAGAAACAGGGCGAUGGUGGGAAGGAGCUCCCCACGGAAGCAAAGAAGCUUCAGCUGAAUUCCGCAGAGGAGCUCUAUGCCGAGAUCCGAGACAAAAACUUCAACGCAGUAGGCUCCGUGCUUAGCAAGAAAGCGAAGGUGAUCUCUGCAGCGUUUGAGGAGCGGCACAAUGCUAAGACUGUUGGGGAGAUCAAGCAGUUUGUUUCCCAGCUGCCCCACAUGCAAGCAGCAAGGGGCUCACUUGCAAACCACACCUCGAUUGCUGAGUUAAUCAAGGAUGUUACCACUUCUGAAGACUUCUUUGAUAAACUAACAGCGGAACAGGAGUUUAUGUCCGGAGUAGACACUGAUAAGGUCAAUAGUUACAUUGAAGACUGUAUUGCCCAAAAGCACCCACUGAUCAAGGUGUUAAGACUGGUUUGUCUCCAAUCCGUGUGCAAUAGUGGACUCAAACAAAAAGUUCUGGAUUAUUAUAAAAGGGAAAUUCUCCAGACAUACGGCUAUGAGCACAUACUGACCUUGUACAACCUAGAGAAGGUUGGCCUGCUGAAACCACAGACGGGGGGCAGAAACAAUUACCCAACCAUCCGGAAAACACUACGCCUCUGGAUGGAUGACGUGAACGAGCAGAAUCCCACGGACAUAUCGUAUGUAUACAGUGGUUAUGCCCCUCUCAGCGUGCGCCUGGCGCAGCUGCUCUCGCGGCCUGGCUGGCGCAGCAUUGAGGAAGUUCUCCGCAUACUCCCAGGGCCCCACUUCGAAGAACGGCAGCCCUUGCCCACGGGACUGCAAAAGAAACGUCAACCAGGGGAAAACCGAGUCACUCUGAUAUUUUUCCUCGGGGGAGUAACCUUUGCUGAAAUCGCUGCGCUGCGAUUUCUGUCCCAGCUGGAAGAUGGAGGUACAGAAUACGUCAUUGCCACCACGAAGCUAAUGAAUGGGGCCAGCUGGAUAGAGUCUCUAAUGGAAAAACCCUUCUAGGGGGAUCAGAGUCGACUUGAGUGAACUACAAAAUAAACUGCUCCUUUGGAGAAGCCGCCAAGCGGAAGUGAAACCCCACCGAAGAAUGACAGGAGAAUACAGAAUUUACUUCGGGGGUCAGCUUCUCCAAUUACACUGGUUUCUCCUUUCUGCUUCUCUUUUGUGUUUCUAAUUUCUUGAAGAAAAAAGAGAAGAGAAUCCACCUGGCUCCCAGGAACACCAGUUGUUAAAGUUCUAAGCUCGGGGUCUUCCUUAGAGACCCUGCAAACGUAUUAAGGACGGUGGGGACAGAUAAUCUCAUACAGCUGCGCAAAUGAGGUCGUUCUUAACAUAAGAAGGUGGAGACUGGGCUGAAAAUGAAAAGUAGAACGUCUCACCCCUAAUAGGAAUUUCUGGAAGGCACGUCAGGCCUGGGGCGGUUCGGAGCAGGAGCUGGCCCAGUCACAGAGUUGAGAUCUCUUUGUCCUGCAGAUUAGGCCACGUUCUGUUCGGUGGUUGUCAGCCUCUGUCUUAGGUGGUCACUAAGGCAAGUAUUGAUUCCUUCUGCCUCUCAGUCUUCUGCUCCUAUAAAGCAAGAGGUGUGGAGGGACUUCCUUCUCCAAAUCAAAGUUCGUCAUCUGUCUGCCCAGCUAGGGUUCUGUGGGUCUCAUACUCGUCAAGGGCUUUUUACGUCGAAGAACGUGAGGUUGGGGAGCAGCUGCCUGAGAAUUUUCUUUGACGCUAUUCAGACGCUUUCU